GUGAAAGGCCACAAUUCUAAAGCGGAAAAACGAGAAGACUCGCAUCUUUUUUCCCUCAGCCGGCAUGUAAAUACGCGUUGUAUUCAAAUGCUGCAUCUUAUUUUUCACUCAUUAAGGAUAAGUUAGCAUUAAUUACCAUUAAUUUUAAAUUCGUUGUAAAUUAGAUUUGAUUGUAAGUCCCGAUGAACCGUUAAAAUGCUUCCCUAUGGUCUAAAACUGCGACUUCUCGGGCUUUUGUCCUGUUUAAUUCUACUUUUUCACGUGACGAUUGCGAAAAGGGAUUUAAAAAACGCUUGUUUUACCUGCCAGAAGAUUACUGACAACUUCCAAAAGGGUUAUGAAAGAACUGCAAAGCAAAAUUUUGGUGGCGGGAAUACUGCUUGGGAGGAGAGGAAAUUGUCCAAAUAUGAAACCAGUGAAAUCCGAUUAAUGGAGAUCGUUGAGGGGUUAUGCGACAGCAGCAGCUUCGAGUGCAACCAGAUGCUUGAAGAGCACGAGGAAAAUUUUGAGACAUGGUGGUUUAAAAGGAAAACGAAACAUCCCGAUUUGCAUAAAUGGUUCUGCAUCGACACUAUCAAAGCGUGCUGUCCGAAAGGCACGUUUGGACCGGACUGCAAUGCUUGUGUCGGAGGCUCGGAGAAACCUUGUCACGGAAACGGCAAAUGCGACGGCGACGGAACACGCGGAGGCGACGGCAAAUGCACGUGUGACGUCCAGUAUAAAGGAGAUUUUUGCCUGGAUUGCACUGAUGGCUACUUCAACGAAGUUCGCAACGAUUCCUUCUCGCUUUGCACUGAAUGCCAUUCUUCCUGCAAGACCUGCAACGGAGCAACCAAUCAGGAUUGCGAUGAGUGUAAAGAUGGUUGGGAAGAAGAUGAGCAGGAAGCCUGCAUUGAUAUAGACGAGUGCUCCAAAGACUCACCUCCAUGUCAAGACGAUCAAUACUGCGUCAACACGGAAGGCUCUUACUCCUGCAAAGGUUGCGAUAAAGCCUGCACGGGAUGCACUGGCGCCGGGGCCGACACGUGCCAGGCAUGUGCUAGCGGCUACCGGGACAUUGUGGGGACCUGCGAAGACAUUGAUGAGUGUUCCGAAGCUGACUCGGUGUGCGCUAAGGAGCACCAGCAGUGCGUGAACACCGAAGGCGGCUACAAGUGCGUCUGCUCUGAGAACUUCGAGGAACAAGAUGGGGACUGUGUACAAAAAGAGUCGCCAGUAGCGUCCGAGACUGAUGAAAGUCCUCAUGAAGAGCUCUGAAGAACGUUGUGGCAAUACUUGACUUCAUUUUUACAAAAAAGGCACUUCUCUCACUGUUGACCAGUCAUUAAAAUGUUCUGUGCAUAUUUGUCUUGUUUUAAAGUAAAUAAACAUGUUUGGAAGAGAAA